AUGGGUGUUCAGAGCCACGACGGCUACGUGCGCCCGCGCGGUCAUGUGGACAUCAAGUACGACACGGAGGAGGCGGCGCCCUUGGCGUCGAUCUCCAAGGUGGCGCACGAGGGCGACAACUGCGCCAUCGCCACCCGCCGCCUGGAAGCGGGAUUCCAGUUCAGCCACCGAGGCCGGACGUACCGGCUCUCUCACACCAUCCUGGAAGGGCACCGCUUCGUCAUCGACGAGAUUGCGGAAGGCCAGCUGCUCAUGAGCUGGUCACUGCCUUUCGGCACGGCGCUUCGGCCCCUAGCACCGGGCUCCUACUGCUGCAACGCGCUGAUGCUGCAGGCGCUUUCAGGGAGGAGGGACGUGGACUUCCCGCUUCCCGCAGAGGCGAACUUCGUGGAUCCUGACACCUCCGCUUCGUGCCCUUUCGUCUUCGAUGAGAGCACUUUUGUGCCCGGUAAGGAGGCGGCCUCGACGCCCGGAGGCUUGGAGACCACCUUCCAGGGCUUCGCCAGGAGUGGCGGCCGUGGGGUGGGGACCCGCAACAAGGUGGUGCUGGUGGGCCUGACCGUGGCUUCCGCGAGCUUCGUCAGACAGCUCGAGCGAUGCCUGGAGCACGAUGGGGCAGAGAGCGUCGACGGCAUCGUCGCAGUGGCGCACAACGAGGGAGAGGGUGAGGUGCAGAACAACAAGGACCUCCUUCUCCGCACCCUGGCAGGGUUCUUGGUCCACCCCAACACUGGCGCAGCACUGCUGGUCGCGACAGGCCGCGAGCGCCACGUGACGGUGGAGGAGUUGAAAGACUUCAUGGCCAGGGAGAAGUAUCCGACUGCGCAUGUGCCGCAUGAGCAUCUCGUGCUCAGCGGCAGCUGGCGCGCGGACCUCGUGCGGGCGGCCGAGGUUGUUCGCAGCUCCCUGCUACCCGCCGCGGCCGAGUACCGCCGCAGCGCGCAGCCCGUGUCGGCGCUCAGGAUCGCGCUGCAGUGUGGCGGCUCGGAUGCCUUUAGCGGCCUAACUGGCAACCCUCUGGUGGGCGAGGUGUCCAAGCUUCUCAUCGGCGAAGGGGGCCUCGCCCUCCUCGCGGAGUCCCCUGAGCUCGUCGGAGCCGAGCCCUACGUGCUCUCGAACUGCCGUAGCCUCGAGACGGCGCGGAAGUUUCUGAUGAUGACAGAGCGCUACAAGAGGUACGCCUCGCGCCACGGACAGGAUGCGGCAGGGAACCCCUCAGGUGGCAACCUCUUCCGCGGACUCUACAACAUCGUGAUCAAGAGCCUGGGCGCCUCGCGCAAGAAGCCGCCGGACGUCAUGCUGGACGAGUGCAUUGAGUACAGCGAGCGUGUGGCAGACCGAUCAGGCUACUUCUUCAUGGACUCCCCCGGCAACGACCUCGAGUCGAUCGCUGGGCAGGUGGCCAGCGGCUGCAACUUGAUCUUCUUCGUCACGGGCAAUGGCGCCAUCACCAACUUCCCUUUCGUGCCGACGCUCAAGGUGGUCACGACCACUGGCCGCUUCAACAUCUUGCAGAAGGAGAUGGACGUGAACGCUGGCCUCUUGACGGAAGGCGUCGGCCUGCCGGACCUGGCUCGACGGGUCUACGGCCAAAUGCUCGACGUCGCAGCGGGCGCCAAGAGCAAAGGAGAGAUGGCAGGUAUCAGCCAGGUGUCCAUUUGGCGAAACUGGUUCUUGGGUGAUGCGCAGCAGCUGAGCGACCUACAGGCUGCCUUCAAUUUCGAGCAGCAGGAUCUGCAGCAGCCGCCCCUGAAAGUCAAGCAAGAGGCCCUGCCGAGCUUGCCGGAAGAGAUCGCCGGCUUCGUGCGCGACAUCCACCACCAAGGCAAGCCCGAGAGCCUCUGCGAAGUCGACUUGAUCUUGCCCACCAGCCUUUGCUCUUCGGAGGUGGCGCGGUCCGCGGCGACGAGGCUUUCGCAGGAAGCCGAGGGCAACAAGGGGCAUUUCGUGGCGCUGCCGCAUACAGAAGGAUGCGGUGGAGCCGGCGGGGCGCAGUUCGAAACCAUCUUCCAGCGCGUGAUGUUGGGCCACCUGCUGCAUCCGCAAGUGCGGCGUGGCUUCCUCCUGGAGCAUGGGUGCGAGAAGACGCACAACGACUGGUUCGCCGCGUGCCUGGCCUCGAGGGGCCUCGCACUGGAUCGCUUUGGCUGGGCCUCCGUGCAGAUGGACGGCGGCAUCGAGGCGGUGUAUGCGCGGAUUCGGGACUUCUUCAAGGACCCUGAGCCGCCCCAGCCGUCCCCGGCGGCGCCCCUGCGUCUGGCCUUGCUCGCGGCCGCAGCUCCGGGAGCUGAGGCGUUAUUGCUCGCCGAGCUGACCCGCUUCGUUGUUCUGCAGGGAGGCACCGUGCUGCUUCCGUCGACCUCGCCGCUGCUGCUCAACGACGCCUUCAUCGCUGCGACCCUCUUUGAGGAGUUGCCUGGAAGUCUGCUGCAGCCCACGCUGGCCUAUGCGCAGAUCCCUUCCUCCCCGGGACUGCACGUGAUGGAGGUCCCGAGCACGGCAAGCUCGGUGGAGAUCGUCGCUGGGUUGGCACCAGCAGCGCACAGCUUCCUGGUGUGGAUGGACGACCGAGGGCUUCGACCGGCGCAUCCUUUCGUCCCCACCGUGCACGCGGCCGAGGAUUCUGCGAGCUGCGCCGCCGAGGCGGACGUCUGCGUGGAUCUGGUGGAUGCCCAGAAGGCCCUCUCCGCCAUCUUCGGGGUGGUCCAGGAGGCGCUGUACGGAGCAAAGACCAAAGCGUCCUCGAGUGGUGCUGUGGACUUCUCUGUCGCGAGCCGGCACCUGCUAAGUGUGCGCCGACCCAUCGGCUUCCUGGCCGACCCGAGGCGCUUGAACGUCGCCGUGUCUCGCGCCGUUGCUGGCCUUGUCAUCGUCGGUGACUUGCAGCAUCUGGCUCGUUACAGUGCGGAAUGGAAGGAGUUUGUCGCCAUCGGCCAGGAGAAGGAUUACCUUCGCGGAGAGCCAUUGUGGUCAGAGCCCACUGAGAUGUCGGUACCUGUCGUGCCGCAGGAGCAGGCGAGGUCCCGGGUAUGGGCCUCCGUCGGCUCCCUGGGCGCGCGGCGCUGUAAGGGCUCGCUGUGGAACGAGUAUGAGGAAAGAGGAGGCCCAUCCUACCUUGACAUGCAGGCAACGACGCCAGUGGAUCCGCGAGUGUUGGACGCGAUGCUGCCCUACUACCACGGCCGCUUUGGCAAUCCACACAGCCGGAGUCACUCCUACGGCUGGGAUGCAGAGGAGGCCACUGAGAAGGCACGCGUUCAGAUCGCCAACCUGAUCAACGCCGAUCCCAAGGAGAUCUUCUUCACUUCAGGCGCCACAGAGUCCAACAACAUGGCAGUGAAGGGCGUUGCGGAGUUCUACGAAGGCACCGGCAAGAAGCACAUCAUCACCACGCAGACUGAGCACAAGUGCGUCUUGGCCUCUUGCCGCCGCCUCGAGGUGGACAAGGGGUGGAGUGUGACCUACCUGCCUGUGGACAAGUACGGGCUCGUUGAUCUCAAGGAGCUCGAAGAUGCCAUUCGCGACGACACGGCGCUGGUCUCGGUGAUGCACAUCAACAACGAGAUCGGCACCAUGCAGCCGGUCGAGGAGAUCGGGCAAAUAUGCCAGAAGAAGAAGGUCCUGUUUCACACCGAUGCUGCGCAGAGUGUGGGAAAGGUGCCGGUGGAUGUGAAGAAGAUGAACGCAGCCCUUCUGUCCAUCUCCGCCCACAAGAUGUACGGGCCGAAGGGUGUGGGUGCCCUGUACGUCCGUGAGGCUUCGCGCUGUGAUCGAUGGCGGCGGCCAGGAUUGGAGAUGCAUCUGUGA